CUACGACACUAUUGAGGAACUAAUUGCCGUAGUAAAAUCACGGUUCGCACCGCUCUUCACUUCGAUGCAGCUAUGCGGUGACAUGGCAAGGAUCGCACAAGGACCAACUGAAGCAGUCGUGGAUUACGGCAGCCGCGUCUCAGGACUCCUAUUACAAAUUAAAAGCUGCAACGAAAUCGAAUUUCCAGAUAAUAUAGAAGGAUACAACCGAUCCUCAGAAACCAAUACGAUAAAGGCUUUCCUCACCGGUUUAAAACAAGAGAUAUAUAACCGAAUGAAAAAUCAGAAUUUCAACAGUCUUGAUGAAGCAAUCAGUGCAGCAAUUGUAGCCGAGGCAGAAAAUUUAGAAAGCCAGACAAAGGCUAAAUUAUCACAGGGAUUCACUAUGACCAAUCAAUACGAAAAUUGUCUAGGAUAUAGGCAUAAUACUGGUAUAUGCUACAAUCAGCAAUUCCAAGGACAAUCGAUGUCGAGAGCCCGCUGGACAGUAAAACACUGCCAACAUUGCCAAAGGUCCGGGCACACCGUAGAGACUUGUUGGUUUAAGGACCAGCCAGCAAGACCAGGGGUCCCUCAGGACUUUGCGCAGCCAACCCAAGCGUAUAAAAACCAGCCUACGCAAAGGCAAGGUCAAAAUUGGACACGAACCAGACCUCCAAUUUGUGAAUUCUGCCAAAAUAUCGGCCAUACAAUUCAGGAAUGCCGGAAAAAGGCAUAUCAAGAACGUAUCAAGAGCCAGAGACUCCAACAGACUCCUCAAGUGCAACAGGAUACAUCAAAGUAAAGAUACUAGAAACAGAAUCUAUAUUCCACAUCAUUGAGGAACUGCCAAUCGAACAAGAUGGAAUUUUGGGCACAGAAUACUUUAAAAGCAGUGGAGCCAGCAUCAAUUACGCCAAGUCUAUACUAAUCAUAAAUAACAAUAUAAUACCAUUCAAACAACCAGCAGUAAUAAUACCAUCCAGGACAAAAACCAUGAUACCUAUAAGAGUAUCAAACACUGAAAUUAAAGCUGGUUUUGUCCCAAAAUUACAGCUUCACCCACAACUAUAUAUGGGAAACGCUGUAGUUACUAAUCGAGAUGGUAUAGCAUUUCUGUAUGCGAUCAACGUUGGAGCAGAGGACAUUGAAAUCGAAAUGCCAACAGUUGAAUUGCAACAAUACGAAGAGGCACCACAGGAUGAAGAAACAGCUCACCAACAACCUAAACGAGCCCAGCAAAUCCUAGAAAAAUUACAAACAGAUCACUUAAAUCAAGAAGAACUUGCCAACGUAAAAGAUAUAGUACGAGAGCACGCCGACAGAUUUUAUAUUGACGGAGACAGACUCCCAGCAACAAAUAAAAUCUACCACAAGAUCAUCACGACGGAUGAGAUGCCUGUAAACGUAAAACAAUACAGCUUGAAGAAAUUGGACAGUAUAUCCAGAACGCUAUAUGCAUCCGUGAUAUGGGUCCAGUUUUUAAUAGUGGAUUGGCACGUCGAAUUGGAAGAAUCUGCAUUGACUGUGCAGUCAAAAUAA